AUGUUUAUCUCCAUCGUUUUUGCUAUUUUACUCGGUUCUGGCUACGAUACCUGGGAGUAUCCUACACACGGACUCGGGGACAGCAAUAAGACUGUUUUCUGGGUACGGGACUUCUUACCCAAGGAUCUCCCUUCAGCGAGGAUCUUCACCUACCAUUAUCUCUCUACUGCCUUUUGCGACGGUCAGGGCAUCACUCAAGCCGCGGAUAAACUUCUCAACAAGCUAAAGAAUCUACAGGCAGAUAAUAUCGAGGUACUUGUCAGGUUCGCGAGCUUAUCUCAGUAUAAUCCGCCGUGGAAAGUCGUUCAUUGCUACGAAGAGUUGCCACUACCAGGUACCGAUUUUCGGGCGGUCGACCCAAGCCAGGAAGAAUCGUGGGCGUUGCCCCAAUUAUCGCUAUACAGUCACCAUCUUGAUUUGUGUCGUUUCAGAAGCCAGGACGAUGUCUCCUACAUCAAGGUUCUGCAAUCAUUGAGAAACAUCACUUCUGGGCUCGGCCGCUCUGUCGAUAUAGAGGUUCUUGAAAGUCUGGAAACUGAAGACACAUCGGCCAACAUCCGAGACGCCUCUCCAGGAACAUGCGACUGGAUACUGAAACAUAACACUUAUAAGUCUUGGUUGGCCAAGCCCUCCCAGCCUCUAUGGAUCACUGGUAAGGCGGGAACUGGUAAAAGCACCCUGAUGAAACAUAUCUUAGAGGCAUAUCGUCUGGAGCACACAUCAAGCCAGGCUGUGGUAUCCUAUUUCUUCUCCGCCGGCAGCGCAAACCACUCUGUGGUGAGCCUUUUAAGUUCGCUCUUGCAUCAACUUUUAAAGACGACUCCGAGUACGCGAUCCUUCGAAAUAUUUUCCAAGUUUCAUCACAGAAGGGAGCAUGAGAUCUCCGACAGCGUAAGGGAUAUCGAUAUCCUGAUGGAAAGCUUGCUUUUGUUGGCCGACAAAUCGACGGCACAAGGUGAUUCCAUUUUCUUCAUCAUAGACGCUUUGGACGAGUGUGCCGAUCCCAACAACUCAAGCUUUGGCGGAGAAGGCUAA